UUCAAAAAUGAGAUUGUGAUGUUUGAGAAAGCAGUCAGUUGCCUCUUCGGAAUCUUCCCCUUGGCCUUGUAUUGGUCACUGCCAUCAGUCCAGAUCAAAUACAAAGUAGUCCACAGGCAGAGCCAUUCCAAAUUUCUCAAAGAGAAGCAUCAUGCUCUGAUGCAUCACGGUGGAACCCAUGUAGUGAGGGCAUAGCAUGUUUUACCGCACGGCUCCUGCAGGAGAGAAGGCAUUGGCUGAGCUCGAGGAGAUCUGCUGCAGACGACUUGUGAAGCUGCAGAAGUCAUUCAACAGCUCCUGCAGGGUGACCAAGAGUUCGGCCAGUAGCUGUGCGCAGGGCACGGAAAACUCGCAGGAGCAAGAUGAUAAUCAGAAUGGCGAGGAGCAAAGCGAUGAGAGUGAAGAUGAUGAUGGUGAAGAUGGCAGUGGAGGUGAAGGUGGUGGGUCCCUGAAGUAUGAACUACAUGCAAACGUGGUGGGCACUGGUAAGGCACUGAGGACUAAAGCAGACUACAGAGCCACCGUGAUGACCCCUAGAUUGCUGGAGGAUGACCUCAUUGGCCAUUUCACCUUGCGACUGGCGUUGUCCGGCAGAUACUCCUGCUGGAAGACCUGGGUGUACGCAGAGGCUAGCUUGUUCGCAGAGCGACUUGCUGCCAUGAAUACGGAUGAGGUCAGCAACGUUCUGCGUGACAACCGUGAUGCCAUACCAGCGCUGUCUUUGUUGCCAGUUGAUAGUGCAGCUAUGUUUCUGAUUUCCUGGAGAUACACGAACCAGGAUGACCGCGAGAGUUUCCUGGCGCCGUUUUUCUCCGUUCCAGAGUUGGUUGCGACACGUUCAGUUGAGAUUUGCGAUGGCAAGGCACGCGUGAAGUGUACCUACCUUGGCCAACUGCUGCAGAAUGCCUUCUUUGAAGAGGUGUGGAAUAGUCGCGUUGGUUGUCACAGUGCAUAUGCUAUAGCGGUGAAUGACCCCAGGCUGCGGCAGCUAUUCUUGCACCUGCAAGACACCGUCCGUCGUCGCUUUAUCGGCGACAGGCACCACCGCAGCAGCAGCGAGAGCGGUGAACUGGCUGGGUCCAUGGGUGGUGUGACGCGUGCACCGCUUCAUCCAUCCCUGGUCGAUGGUCUGAGCGCGUUCUUUCCGCCGUGCAUGCGUCACAUGCACCGUACGUUGCGCAAGCGCCACCGCCUCGACCACCACGCCAGGGUACAGUAUAGUCUGUACUUAAAACGCAUUGGUCUGGGAGCUGAAGAUGCACUACAGUUCUGGCGUGAAGAGUACAGCAAGACUCCAGCAUGUUGCCAUGGCAAGACAACAGGCUGCACACACAGCUGGCAUACGGAUGGCCGCCGGUACACGUACAAUAUCCGUCACCUGUACGGUCUGGAGGGCAGCCGCCGCAACUAUUCAUGCUUCUCCUGCCAGCAUAUGAUUGAGGAAAGCGGCAGUGCAAGUGGUGCGGGCGGCUGCCCAUUCCGGUACUUUGACCAGCACCACCUGUCCAAUCUUCUACGCCUGUAUGACUUGCCACAUUCGGACGUGUCCAGUGUAGUUUCUGGUGCUGCCACUGCUGGUGGCGAAAUGGCAUCAUGCAGGCAACUACUUCAGCUGACUUGGCAGCAGCACAGCUCAUCACAUGCUCCUCGGCCUCCUGCUCCUCCUACGGCUACUACUAACGUUAGUACUGCUGCAACAGCUGUCCACAGUCGACACGGGUGUUGCGAUGACGAUGUGGAGGCAAAAGUGCCAAGUCGCAGCAAAGUUGAAGUGGCUAUGGCCUCUGAUGACAACUCUCUGUCGCCACCCGGCGAUCUUGUCUUGGCUGUCGACACUGACAGCGAGGACGAUGACUCAUUCCUGUCGCGCCUCUCUGCGCGCCCUUCUGAGGUUGCAUUGUCAGCCGCGAGCAGCAGUACAUGUAUGCAUCCACCAGGUGUGGAUCAGUCAGGAACUACACCUGCGGCUGCUAAUAGAGACCUGAAAGUAUUACCUGCGUUAGUAGCUGCAUCAGUGCGUAUUGCUGAUCAGCAGAAGACUGAGAUUUUGGAGAAGUUCCACAGCCCUGUGGACUUCUAUACGGAAUUUCGUAUGCGUAUAGACACAUGCUCUGACUGCAGGACUAGCCACUCUGCAACCUGAUUUUGUGCAAUUGCAGUAGUAAAUUUAUAGUAUUUCGAAGUAGUUUUUUUGCUUUUAUAGUUAGAUUUUUUCUAUUGUAGAUAGGAUUUCAAGUAUUGAAUUGCUGGCGUAUCGUGUCUUCUGAUUCUAUUUAUUUUCCGUUUAUCCUGAUUUGUACUCUCAUUAUCUUCCACUCUGAUAUAUUUGGUUACCGCAACACCAUUUGAUUGCUCCUCAUAAAAAAAAUGAGUCUCUCACACUUCUGCAGUAUUAUCGCACUGCAGUGUACUUGUGCAAAUGAACUAAACCAUGCUCAUCA